CUUUUACCGUCGCCCAGUGCUCCUCCUGGGGAAGGUGGAAAGGGCCAGACAGCGUGCGUCUUUGGAUCCUUGCGCGGGAGCCUAGGGGUUGGAUGGUGCACGAGGGAUUCUGGUCUACAAUGGCUGAUGAUCAAGAGAAAGAUUUGCAGAAAUUUUUAAAAAAUGUGGAUGAAAUCACCACUUUAAUUCAGGAGAUGAAUUCUGAUGACCCAGUUGUUCAACAGAAAGCUGUCCUCGAGACAGAGAAGAAACUAUUGCUCCUGGAGGAACACCAAGAGGAGGAUGGGUGCAAGACCACCUUGAACAAGACGAUGAUCAGUCCUCCACAAGCCCCUGCAGAGAAUGCAGAUGAAUUAAGCCCAGAGGCCUUCUUGGCAUCUGUGGAGAAGGAUGCGAAGGAGCGAGCCAAGAGAAGAAGGGAAAACAAAGUCUUAGCAGAUGCCCUGAAAGAAGAGGGGAACGAAGCCUUUGUCAAAGGUGACUAUGAAACGGCAAUCUUGCACUACAGCCAGGGCUUGGAGAAGCUGAAGGACAUGAAAGUGUUGUACACCAACCGAGCCCAGGCUUAUAUAAAACUUGGAGAUUACCAGAAGGCACUGGGGGAUUGUGACUGGGCUCUGAAGUGUGAUGAAAAAUGCACAAAGGCAUAUUUUCACAUGGGAAAAGCCCACCUGGCCCUGAAGAACUAUAGUGCGUCUAGAGAGUGUUACCAGAAGAUCUUAGAAAUAAACCCCAAGCUUCAGACACAGAUGAAAGAGUACCUGAACCAAGUCCAUCUUCAGGAGAAGGCAGACCUUCAAGAGAAGGAAGCCCAUGAAUUACUGGAUUCAGGAAAGGACACAGCUGUGACAACCAAAAACCUCCUGGAAUCCCUUUCCAAACCUGACCAGAUGCCCUUGUUCUAUGCAGGGGGGAUGGAGAUCCUGACAGAAAUGAUGAAGGACUGCACAGAACGAACUUUAUUCAGAAUACACGGUGGAUUCCGCAUCAUCAGUGACAAUGAAGUCAUAAGAAGGUGCUUUUCCAUGACAGGGAAAGAUGUGGUUGAAGAGACGAUCUGUGUGUCUGUUCUGAAGCUUUGGCAAGCAGUGUGCAGUGAGAAUGAGGAAAACCAGCGUCUGCUUAUGAUGUACCCAGAUUGGGCCAGGCUGGUGCCCUCCCUCUUGACAUCCAGAGUCCUUGCCAUCCAACAGGAGAGCCUGGCACUACUGGUACAGCUUGCCCAGACAGAGAAUGGACGGAGCCUGGUCAUCAGCCACCUUGACCUGACCCGAUUAUUGGAAGCCCUGCUGUCAUUUCUUGAUUUCUUAGAUAAGAAGGCCAACAUUGCCAUGGGACUGCUCACAGACUUGGCUCUGGAUGAAAGAUUCCAAGUCCGUUUCCAGGCCAACCUUCCAGAUGCUCUUCCGGCACUCAUAGGUGUUCUGAAGAGGGAUCCCAAGGUAACUAAUGCCUCAGCUCUCUGCCAGUGCAUUGCCAUCAUGGGGAACCUCAGUGCUGAGCCUGCCACCCGGAAGCACAUGGCAGCCUGUGAAGACUUUGGGGAUGCCUGCUUGGGAUUCCUGGCCAGGUGUGAGGAGGACCUGGACCUAUUCAGAGAGAUCACAUACACACUCUUGGGACUCAUCAUGAACGUGUGUCUUCAGGUCCCCUUUGUCUCAGAGGUUUGGGCUAUGGAGGUGAGCAGAAGAUGCCUGACUCUACUGCAUUGCCAGGAUGGAGGAAUCCUAACAAGAGCUGCUGGUGUUCUAAGCCGGACCCUUUCUUCCUCUCUGAACAUCAUCGAGGAGGCUGUGAGAACAGGAGUGGUGAAGAAAAUGAUUAAAUUCCUGAAGACAGGAGGCCAGACUGCAUCACAUUAUGCUAUAAAGACACUGGCUAUCUGCACAAAUAGUUAUCACGAAGCGCGGGAAGAAGUGAUAAGACUCGAUAAAAAGUUCAACAUUCUGAUGAAGCUGCUCAGCUCGGACGACGAGAUUCUGGUGGGCAAUGCUGCCCUCUGUCUUGGCAACUGCAUGGAGGUACCCAAGAUUGCAUCUUCUCUGCUGAAGACAGACCUGGUGCUGGUCCUGUUAAAGCUUGCUGGUAGCGACUCUCAGAAUUCAGCGGUGCAGCUGAAUGCAGGCAUUGCUCUGGGGAAGCUGUGUACAGCCGAGCCCAGCCACAGCUCGCGUGUACGCAUGCCCACGCAGAGUUCAUCUCUCCGCAGCCAGGAGAUGAAUUUUCACAUGAAAACGGAACUGGAGGAAUCAUACAAAAUUCUCGUCAGGCAUUGAAGUAGGGAUGGUAUCUUUGAAAUACAGAAACUUCAAAUAACUGGACUGUUUGUCGCUAUCAUGGAACUCACUGAGAAAGAAAAUCACUCUCCGCAGGAGUGGCAGGAAAUGCUUACUCCACAGCAGGAAGCUAGGAAAGGUUGCCCUCCGUGGGCCACCAUCUUUUCUGAAGAUACUCUGGAACCAGAGUGAACCAAAAGUCAGAGGCCCCAAUUUGACCUCACUGGGCUCAUCAACAUGAUUAGCUCUCUGACUUGGGUAUUUGCUUGUCUAGUCUGCGAGGGAAUUCCUCCUGUUCCAGGAAUGUGGCUGUGACUUUUUUCUUGAGGAAUCAUGUCUCCCUCAUGUUUAGACCACCGGAUCCAGGUGAAGCUGACGGUCUUAGUCCCCUGUUGCUAGAGUCUAAUACCACAGACCAGGUAUUUAUAAAGGAUAGAUAUUGUACUGGUCAGUUUGUCAUCACUGUGACCAAAAGACCCGACAAGAACAACUUAGAGGAAGAGAAUUUUAUUUUGGCUCAUGGUGUCAAAGGUUCAGUCCACGGUCAGCUGACUUCAUUCCUCUGGGCUGAAGGUGAGGCAGAACAUCACAGCAGAAGAGCACAGCAGAGGAAAGCAGCUCAGAACACGGCAGCCAGGAAGCAGAGAGAGUUCUGCUCACCAGGUUGAAGGAGAAAGGAGUGUGUCAUUAAUCUCCACUGAUGACAUAGGGCCUAAAAUGACCUAUUGCUCAGUCCUAGCAGGGAGGUGUACAACCCACCAUUGCCCUGAAUGAGCCUCAUAGAGAGGUCAUAUUCAAUUUGAUCAAGAUUGUUCCAGCCAUAUGUUAAGAGCAUGUGACUUGGCAAGAGGCAAGCCAGUUGCAAGCGCUGUGGUCAGGUAUUGGGUAAUUAGGCUUCUCUAGACUUGUAGAAAUGGCAGUGAUAGUAGACCCUAUGUCAGGGGGUUGUUGAGAGGGACUCAAUGAAGUGGAGCACUGUGAAUGGAACCCAGCACGAAGUCAAGGCUUACUGCACAGCAAGCCCUAUUAUUCAAUGCUUUGGUCCCUCAAGCCUCACCAGCAAUUUCUUAUUCAUCAGAAUUGUCCUUUGCUUGGGAAACUAUUAUGUGAACAUGCACAAACCGUCGUCAGUGUUCAUAAGGAAUCUGACUGGAGGCGGGUAAUGGUGAUGGGAGUCUCUGAGGAUCUCUCCAGGCUCUGGGGUGCAGGCAGGAGAAAACCAAAGGAAAAUCUGCCCAGCCACAGUAUAACCCAGAGCCCCCUCUACAGAGUCUUUCUAGAGGAGUCUCAUAAAAAGCCAGGAGUCAGCCUCUGUCCCCUGAGUUUCACCUUUUGCUCAUUCCUUCCUUCAGGGAGAGUGAAGGAGCUCCCUCUCUCACACGGAGCACUGGGAAAGCAGCAGUGAGUGAGAUCCUGCCAGUUUAUGUUCCCAGAGUCCAUUUAACUUUUAGGAAUUGUAUUCUUCACACACACACCUAUGC